AUGGCUCAGGCUGCAAUUGUUUCUCUGGUGCACCAGUUGGAGUGCCUGAUGAAAUUCCCUUUAUUGAUUCUCGAGAUCAAGAAGAUGCAGGUCAAAGCCUUCUCUGAGAAAGUCUCUGAACUUUUAAACGUUUUAGAAGGAACUCCAGUUCUAGUGAGAUCUCGUGUGGAGCAAUUACGAUUCGAGAGUGAACCUCUUGGACGGUCAAUUGGAGAUUUUCUUGUUGCAGUUAAGUCUGAUGCAGUGGUGUCAGACGUCAUGGAGAUCAUGCAAAGAUUACUCCAAACUCACGGAAUGUCAGAGAAUAUGCAGAAAAUACUUGAUGAAGUGCCUACCAUUUUGAUGCAAAUUGAUUUCAUUGACAAAGAAUCAUACAGAUUCCGUUCCAACAGAGAUCUUCAGAGCACCAGGGAAAACCCAAGACUAUGUUAUUUUCUUGAUGUAGUUAGAGAAAUGGAUGGUCCCAGUCAUGAUCUGAGAGCAGCAGUAGUCUUUUUCAAUGAUGUGGGCAUCCAGCAGAUGGUUCUGUACAAAGAUCUUCAGUUCUUGCUCACUGCAUUUGAGGAUUCUUCUGUCAAAUGGCGUGGCCGUAAUGAAGUGGAGAAAGAUGUCAAAAAUAUUGUCAACAGAGCAGCAGGUUUUGUAAAAGAAUGGAUGAAAGACAAUUCUAUCCUGUCAGAGAUGAGCUGUUUAAUAGAUACACUAAUUCACAAGUGCACCGAAAAAUCUCUGGAUAGGAAAAUUAAUCUUGAAGCAGCAGUUAAAAGUGGCUUUGAUGGCGAGAGAGGCAUUCACCAAUACUUUUCACAUAUAUCUGGAGAGGUUCAAUCCAUUAGGAGAAAGAUCAGACAGAUUAGAGGGAUAAAGGGUAUUACACGAGGUUUAAAAACCUUGCAGCUGCAGAGUAGUCUUCCCCUCAAAGGACAUUCAUUAUCUGAUUCAAAUCUGAGGAAUAUUGUAGUUGGUUUUGAUGCUGUUUUGAAGAAAAUUAUGGAUAGGCUAGCAGAACCCUUGCUGGGAAGAGAAGUUCUAGCAAUUGUGGGGAUGGGUGGUAUUGGUAAAACUACUCUAGCUAGACAAAUGUUCGAUCACCCUGAUACUGAUUUUCAAUUUCAUUGUCGGGCAUGGGUUAGCGUAUCUCAAGUAUACCAAUUGAGAAAUUUGUUGCUUGAUCUUUUGCGCUCUGUUACCAAGCCCUCUGAUAAUGAUCAUGAAAAGACUAAUGAAGAUCUAGCUCAAGACUUGUAUCAAUCUCUAAAAGGUAGGAAGUACCUGGUUGUUAUGGAUGAUGUAUGGAGUAAUGAGGCCUGGGAUUGUAUCCAGAUGUGUCUUCCAGAUGACAAUAAUGGUAGUCGAGUAGUUGUGACCAGCCGGUUCAUGGAAUUAGCAACCUAUGUGAGUCCAAAGAGUCAUCCUCAUUGUAUGAGUCUUUUGGAUACAAAGCAAAGCUGGGAACUGCUGGAAAAGCUUGUUUUUGGACUUGAAGGUUGCCCUCUUGAAUUGGUGGACUUGGGAAAGCAAAUAGCAAGAAAAUGCCAUGGAUUACCCCUUGCAAUUGUUGUUAUAGCUGGCACUCUGUCUAGAACUGUGAUGACAUCUGACUGCUGGAAGGAUGUUGCAGCUAGUGUAAGUUCCGUUGUAUUCACCAAUCCCGAACAAUGUUUAGAUAUACUUGCUCUGAGUUACAACUACUUACCCCAACAACUUAAAGCUUGCUUUCUAUACAUGGGAGCCUUUCCUGAAGAUUAUGAGAUUAAAGUUCGGAAGUUAAUUCGUUUAUGGAUUGCUGAGGGCUUCUUGGAAGAAAGUUCUUCAAGUAAUCUUGAAGAUGUGGCAGAGGCCUACUUGGAAGAUCUUAUUGGUAGGAGUUUAGUUUUGGUUGGAAAAAGGAAUGUAGUUGGCAAAAUCAAAACUUGUCGACUACAUGACCUCUUGCGGGAAUUAUGUCUGAGGGAAGCUCAAAAAGAGAACAUCAUGACUGUAAUAAAACAAGAGGACCAAAGUUUCCCUGCAAAAGACAAUCAGCGUCAUCUCAUUUUGCACUUGAACUCUGAUGCUGAUGUCCACUUAGCACCUCCAUAUCGAAGUCUUAAAUCUUUUUUGUGCUUUGCUUUGGGUUCAGGUUUUGUUCCAGAUAUCUUUUUCUCUUAUUUGACAUUCGAAUCCCUCAGAGUAUUGGACAUGUUUUUCUUGCAGUUUGAUUCUUUCCCUGCUCAAAUAGUUAACUUAGAAUAUUUGACGUACCUUGCACUGAACGUUACCUAUAAGCUUCCCACAGCACUUUGGAGACUCAAGAAUCUCCAAACCUUAGUCAUCAAUGGUCCAUGGCCAAUAAGGGACGACGGGGAUCUCCCCACUCUGAUAGUGAGAUAUUGGAGUAUGCCAAACUUGAGGCAUCUCCAUACAACUAUGGUUGCUUUUCUAAGCUAUCUCACUGAUGCUGCAAGCAAUAUUUACCGCAAGCCGUUGCCUUCGGGAUACCUAAAAACAUUAUCCACAGUACAGUUUCUCUGUUGCAGGAGGGAUGCGUUUGCCAAGAUGCCCAAUCUUGCAGAACUAGGAUUGUGUGAAACCAAAGAAGACUACUACAGGGAUCGAUCAUGUGAGUGUCUGAAGGAUCUGGCCUACUUGCAUCAGCUUGAAGCACUCAACUGUUCCUUUUACAGAGAAAUCAGAGAGGCCAGGACUAUAAGUUGGGAUGCUUUCCCAUCUAAUCUCAGGAAAUUGACUUUAAGCGCGAGCAAUCUGCCAUGGGAGGAUAUGACCAAUGUUGCCAAGUUACCCAACCUUGAGGUGCUCAAGCUGAAAAACUAUGCCUUCCGAGGAUCAACAUGGAAACUAACUGAUGAAGUAUUUCGCUGUCUGAAGCAAUUACUAAUUGAAAAAACUGAUAUUGUGCAAUGGGAAGCAGAAGAUGAUCACUUUCCCUGCCUUCAGUUCCUAAUCCUGAGGUCCUGUGAGUUUCUUGCUGAGCUCCCCUAUGUUCUUGGAGAAAUCCCAACUUUGGAGCGAAUUGAGUUGCAUUACUGUAAUGAAUCUGCUGAGCUUUCUGCAAAAGAAUUUAAAGAUCUGAUUGAAGACCUUGCUGUCAUCAUCAGAAAUUGA